AUUUGUUUGUGUUUUUGUAAAUAUCAUCAUUAUGGUUCUACAUGUUUUCUUGUAGUGAUUGUACCAAGUUUUAUAAUUCAAUAUUUUUAUGCUAGUUUUUCCAGGAAACGGACUCACCAGUCAUUGUAAUAGUUGUUAGUGGAGAUUAAGGCAAAAAAUAUAAUUCAAGAAUAAAUAUUAUUUCAAAUAGAGGUAACUAACUUAAAUAAACAAUCAUGGAGGUAAUGGAAGAAGGUAAUUUAAUGGACAGAGUGAGGAUAUUAUUGCAACGAGAUAUGGCAUACUACCAGGCACAUCAGACAGUUCUACACGAGACCCUAUGCUCUGGUAUAGUCGGUGGCCUACUUGACUUUCCACACUACGCAUCAUUUGCGGCUUACAAGCUGGUGCUCUGGUGGGAAGAAGAAUAUCAAGCUGCAUUUCGUAAGCCUUCAGGUCUGUUGGAGAAGGAUUCUGGAGGUCAAGAAGUUGCUGCUUCUGACCCAUCACUGGAACGAGGCUGUGGGGGAGUAGCAAAGACUAGUGCCCCAAAGGAAUUUGUGAAGCUCACUGCAGAAUCGGGAGAGCAAAUCCUCGAGCACCUGCAUUCGCUGUCCCAGGAGGCUUUGGACCACGCAGACUUGACCGUCCUGGCUGCCACUUUGGGUGCGGCAGCCCUGCUUAGGUCCUGCCUGUGGUGCUACCACCAGCUGCUGGUCAAGGCUCGAGAGGAAGGCCUGUCGCUGCACGCGAGCCAGAAGCAGUUCCAUUCAAUGGCCGAGGCGCUGGCGGAGCGACUGCUGGAUCUGCACUGCCGGCUGCUGUCCCUGUACGUCCUGCAGGACGCAGACUCGCUACACUGGGAGGACCCGCGCCCCUUCUUCGAGGGGGAGCGCGGAUCCGUCACGGUGCAGAUGUGGUGGCUGUACAUGCAAGGUGCGCGCCCCGUCCCAGGAGCAAGCCCCGCGUCACACCAGCCUCCUCCACGCCGUUGUGCUGCUACAGGGACGCGGACAGACCUGUGGAACACGGUGCCGCCGCGGACGGCGCAACGCGUGUUCGCCGGCAUGCUCAACGAGUCCCUCACCAUCUUGGUGGCACGCUACGUCGCCGCGGAGCCCAGCGCGGCGCGGGCGUCCCUCCUCGUCACCGACCUCGUCAACAUGCUGCUCUGCACGCGCGAGCUGGCGGUGUCCGUGUGCGCGGACGCGGCGGAGCUGGUGGGCUUUUCUCAGCGCUCCAAGAUCAUGCGCGACGUGCACGCCAAGUGCCACGUGCUGCUGACCACGCUCCUGCUGCGCGGCUGCCCCCUCGACGCGCUGCUCCGCGCCAUGAGGAAGGGCCUGUGCGACCAGGGCGGGGCUGCCGCCGCAGGCACGGGGCCCGCGCCGUGGGUCCAGCUGGUGUCGCCACAGUACCUGCCGGCGAAGACCCGGCCCCGCUCGUACCUCGACCUGGACGACGGCGCCGCCAUCUCCCUGGAGCUGGCCGUGCUGCUGGCCCAGCCGCAGCCUUCGUGGGCCCUGCUGCUGCGGGUGCUCAUGAUGCGCGACUGCCGCGUGGCCAAACUGCUGCUGCGACGGCUCAUCCUGCGCGAGGGCGGAGACUCGGCCUCGACGACGACCUCGGGACUUCCCUCGGCCUCCUCUGCGUCCGCCGCGGACUCGGAGCCGGGCUGCGGACGGUUCCUCUGCCGCGGCGACUGCCCCUCUGCGCCGGCCUCCACCCCGGCAGGGACCACGGCGUGCACCACGGUGGGCGCGGCGCAGGUGGAGAAGGCCCUGGUGCACACCAUCGCGUGCGUGGGCGGCACCAAGGCGCUGUCGGCCUCGCUGCUGCCCGCCCUCGAGGUGCUGGCCUGCGACCCGCACUGCGCCUGGGCGGGCGCCUUCGACCGCCGCCAAGUGUGGAACUUGCAGCGGCCGCCCUGGAUGGACGCCUUCAUCACGCCGCUGCAGCCCCUGCUGCAGGCCACCGUCGCCACCGCCAUCGCCUCCGUGCAGGCCGGCGCCCUAGCGCGCGACCUGGUGCCGCUGGCGCUGACGUGCCUCACCCAGCUGGCGCCGUGCUUGCCGCCCUGGCUCGGCUCCACGGCCGCGGCCAUCGGGGACCUGCUGCCCGCCGACGUGCACCCGGUGGGCGGGUCCCCCCUGCUGCAGGUGGCGCUGGCCGGCCUGUACGAGGCCCUGACGCGCUACGGCUCCGGCCACGGCCACGGCCUCGGGCACGGCGCGCACGCGGCGGCCGCGGCCGGCAAGCUGGCCGAGGCCCUCUGCCGCAUCGACGAGGACGACACGCUGCGGCCGUGCGUCCAGGAGUUCCUGCGAGCCGUGCAGGAAUACACGGAGGACGAGACGUGGGACUGGCGCGCAGUGGAGGAAUCUCUGCCCACAGCAGAGCUGCUCGUUUCCAAAAUACUGCUUACCAACGAUGGUCGGCAAGCGUUGAAGGUACGGUAGGUCCCUCUUAUGACUUCCAACGUCAUGUAUAAGUACAUGCAUGAGAACGCUCCCUGGACGUUGUCUGCUAUCGGUCGGGCAGGCGAUUACUUGGUGGUGCCUUCCCGACCACUCCUGCACACCAUGUUUCACAUAGGAAAUAGACAGUUUGAUCAGUACUUAGCGGGCACUUGGUCUCCAGACUGGUCCACUUUGCUCCAAUCGCCCUUGGGACUUACUCGUGAAAAGGUUUGGAAGCAACUCCAAAAACGGUCAGAAUUUUCUGACUAUAAAACUGACCCUGCACUUUUAAGUCAGCAUGAUGCUAUAGUGGUUGAGAAAAUGACAGAGAUGUUCAUGCAUGAGGAUGCUGAUUCUUCUUCUGCCCCAACACAAACACCCAGUACUGAAGAAUUUGUAAACAGGAAUAACAAGUCAACAGUUUCCCAACAAAAGUCGGAUCAAAAGCAAAGCACUUCUAGAAAAAAAGCAGAAAACAAUGAAUCAAACACAACCAAUGCAGAAGCAAAGGGUCAACCUGACACAAAGCCAGAAGACCAAUCCAGUCAUUCGGAAACAAACAAAGAGCAGCCAGUUUCGGUUCCUUACAGUAAGACAGUAACAGAACACAAAGAAAACAAUAAGGAAGAAAAAAUGAAAUCAGAGCUAGAAAAUGUUCAAAAAGAUGGACCUGAUCCUGUAACACCCCGCAUCCCAUCAGAUAGUAGUUUGAAGAAAACUUCUGUGUCAAAUACAGAGCCUGCUUCUACUUCUGCAAGAAAGUCCAGCAAAGAACAUUCAUCCAAAUCAUCAAAAAAUAAAGAUAGAAGCCAGAAGGAGUAACAUAUAUUUGGGACCACCGAUUAC